AUGGCAACUAAGCAAGAAGCUUUAGCCAUCGAGUUCAUAAGCCAACACCUUCUCACAGAUUUUGCAAGCCAAGAUCACCACCUUCACUCAGAAACAACCCCAAGAACCAUAGGAAACCAUAACCCUAAACCAAACUCUACUCUUAACCGUCGUAAACCGCCCUUACCGAACCUAUCCGUUCCGGUCUCUAGUACGAUGAAGAAGCCAGAGGAGGAGGAGAAAAGACACUACCGAGGAGUGAGGAGGAGGCCAUGGGGAAAGUAUGCAGCGGAGAUUAGGGAUCCUAACAAAAAGGGUUCUAGGCUUUGGCUUGGGACUUACGACACCGCCGUAGAAGCUGCAAGAGCUUACGACCUAGCGGCGUUUGAGUUGCGUGGGAGAAAAGCAAUCUUGAAUUUCCCUCUAGAUGUUAGGGCUACGUCAGAAAGUUGUUUCGUCGGAUUAGGGAAACGAAAGCGGCUUAAGAGCUUCGUGGCGGAGGAAGAGACGGUGCCGGUUAGGGUUAAAGCUGAGGCAAAGGAGAGUUAUACCACUGUGGCUGAGGUUGAAGCGGUUCCUUUGACGCCGUCAAGCUGGAAAGGGGUUUGGGACGUGGGAGCAGGAGACGGGAUAUUCAGUGUUCCUCCGUUAACUCCGACGUCUCCCAGCUCCGCUACUUGA